AUGCGUGAGAGAGUUCGCACGAGGUUGCGUAGUUAUUUUCGCAUGGUCUCUACCCUUGCGUUUCCUUCUGUAGAUUUUUAUUUUAAGUAUGAACUACGGAGACAAAGGAGGUGGCCCUUCUGGGUAUGAUCCGAGCACAGGAUAUUCUGUGAACAGAGGAGCUGGAUUGUCACCAUAUUUGAAUAUUGAUCCAACAUAUCUAAAUCAGGGGGGUGCAGAGUUUGUCUUUCCUUCAGACAGUAAAAAGAAGAGAAGUUUGGGUGAACAAAUGUUUACUGGGGUUGGAACAUCAUACAUGUGUGGGUUGGCUGUUGGUGGAACAUGGGGUCUGUAUGAAGGUCUGCGGAAUCCAGAUGGAAAAACUAUGAAACUUAGAAUAAACAGUGUGUUAAAUGGUUGCACAAGGAGAGGUCCAUCAUUUGGAAACAGUUUAGGAGUUAUAGCUGUCAUGUACUGCAGUUUAGAGGCAUUAAUUAGCAAGGUACGAGGAGGAGAGGAAGACGAGUUCAAUUCCAUUGGUGCUGCUACUCUUGCAGGAAUGAUUUUUAAAUCAACAGCUGGUUUACGGCCCAUCGCCAUCGCAGGUGCUGUGGGAGGAAGCCUGGCAGCAGGUUAUCAUUUUGGACAAAAGCUACUGACUAGCAGAGGACACACUAUCUCGACACCUAACUGGGCAUAGCCCUGUUGUCGAUCUAUGCUUUUCUUCUCUGUUGCUGUGCUUUGAACCUUGUGCAAAUAUCAGGAAGUGAGCUGAAAGUGGCAUUUAAUUGUUGCACCAAAGAAAUACCAAGGAGAGAGGACUUUAUUAUUAUUAUUAUUUAUAAUAAUUUUGCGUGCUUUGCAAUUUUGAGGGCAUCUGUUCCAAAGACAUUAAGGUCAGCAUUCAACAACAAAAACAUUACAACCAGAACAUUAACAAGCCAGAAUAUAUCCUGGAAACUUGUGGAGACAUACAAUACCAUGGAUGUUGCUUAUGAACUCAAUGUGCAGCUAUGCAACACAUAUAUGACCAAGCUGACGACGAGAAUGUUGUACAGAGGGAGGACUACACUGGGUUUUAAUUGCCACAUUGCAGAAAUAAAUAGUGCAACAAAUAAAUAUCUUUCCAGUUAAAAGAAAAAAAGUUGACUUGCCGGUCAUUAGUGUGUUCAAUCUGUUUUCCAUAUUGCAGUGUUUCCUUUUUGAGGUGGUAACCAGUAAAAUUUUUAGCCUAUGUAGUACCUCCUAUUACUGUGUAAAAUUGCUUGGAAUUCUUGAAAAUGCAGCAGAUAAAAGGAUUGCCCCAUCAGUUUGAAAAUACCAACAACAAUUAAAAAUACUUCGCAAUACUAUACACCAAAACUUCCAAUAAGUUGUUUAUUAUCCAACUGCUUUUUUACUGCCAUUUGUUUCUGCACAUUUCUCACAAGGCAGGAAAAGUAAAUUGGGUAGAAAAGCAUAGCAUACACAGAAAACUGGUUAAAUAGGUUUUAUUACAGUACAAAAUAACCAACUGCACGAUAUUGCAGGAUAUUUCACUCUUUUUAAUGGUUUUUUUUUUCUACUCUACCUUGUGCAGUUGGGUAAUAACACUAUUUAAUGUUUCAUAUAUUCCUGAACACAAUGACCUGGCUAGGUUUUGAAACCAGACCUCUUGACCUGAAUACUAGGGCACAAACCAUUGAGACACUGCAUCUCCCACUACUGUAUUUCAUGAAGCUGGGUUUAUCAAUUUCAAAAUUAUUGAGAAAGACCUUGACCCUUCAAAUCCCAUGAGUGACCAAGACAGAAUUUUCCCUCACAAUAUCAGUACAUUAUCAAUCAGACUAUUGAAGAGCAUAAUAAAAAAAUAUCAAGUAGGUGAUUAUUAGUUGAUCCAACACAAAAUUCUCAGAACUAAAAUCAUGAGAAUUGCAUGGCAAACAGUAAGAAGAAUCACUAAUGAGAUCUUGGGAAAGAAAGGGUUAAACAGCAAAUGCAAUAUUCAUAUUCUGCCAAACUGCAUGUAGUUAAUACAUUGAUUAUUCAUUCCAUUCUGGAAUAACUACAAGUGACUUUGAGGUUAUUAUUUUACAUGAUAUGUGAUAUUGUUAUGCCUGGAAAGUCAAUCACAAAUUCACAACAGGAAAAUUAACCCAGUAUAACUGAUCAAUAACAAACACAUUUUAAAACGUUUCUCUGUGCAAGAGAUUUGCAUUAUGGCAAACAAUUGGCAUUUCUAUUGUUACAUGGAAUAAAAAUGAGCACUUGUCACUGUG